AUGUCGGAGACUGAAGAGAGUGCUUCCAAUUCUCCGAUCCACGACAGAGUCGCUGGUGAGAGUUCAAAUGAAAGACAUGCAGACCCCGACAUUGCCGAUCUCGACGAGGACACGGAAGACGACAAUGAACCCGCCUUCUCGAACUUGUCUGAUCCAGGCACUGACGAGCUAAUCUCCGUCCGCGCAACCGACGAGGGCAACCCCGAUGACAAAACUCGACCUCUGGGAUUGAGUAGACCUUGGGGCUUUGCCGAGCAUGACGACUACGAUGUAAUCACCGUUCACGGCCUCCGUGAUGAUCAUAACACGAUAUGGACAUCGCACAAGGGAGAUCAAUGGGUCGGCCAGCGACUGUUCGAGCAUCUCUCGGUCCGGCAAUUGGACUGCCUCUAUCCUACCGAUGAGUCGGCAAGAGUGUUUCAGGAAGAUGGGAUCAAGGCCGAGGCUCGAAACUUGCUACGUCUGUAUAGUGAAUACAGACGAGAGCUCUCAGAUACAGAAGUGGAUAGGCCUAUUAUAUGGGUGUGUCACGAUAUUGGAGGCACCAUAGUCAAGCAGGUUCUCAUUGAAGCUGCUCAAGCUACUCUUGCUGAAGAUUACGAAGAUAAAGAAACUUGGGAGUACAUGAAAGAAGCUCACAGGAGAAUUGCAACUCUUUCCACGACAAUUAUCUUUCUCGGUUGUCCUCACCAAGCAGAGUCCAUCGACAUUCUCGAGGAUGAGCUGCACAACUUGAUCAGUCUUCCAGGUCCAGACAUCAAGAAUGGGGUCAUGAGAAAGAUUAGAAAUCUUGCCCAGCAAGUGGACAAGAUCAACCUCGAGUUUUUGGACACCAAGUUAUUCUCCCGCUUGGUCAGCAUCAACGUUUUUCACCUUGAUGCUCUCAAGACGGAUGAGUCGAGCGACAACCAGACCGACGGCACCACAGACCCAUCUUCAACAGUGAUGGAACUCCCAACUGCACCGGCAUCACCGUUCAGUCGAUAUACAUUAACGAUGCACCACUCGUUUUCUGCACUCGGAGUCUUCUCCCAGGAAGCCAUCAGCCACGCCGACCUUGUCAGAGGCGACGGGGACAGGGACGAAGAUGACAGUUGGGUUUUUGUUGUCAAAGAACGCUUCAAUUCCGAUAUGUACCCUCUCAAGGUGAAUCCCAGUCUCAUCCACUUGCAAACCGCUCUCCUAUCCCUGGCCCCUCCAACAAGGCUACCGAAGGUGCACAUGGAUCCAACUGUCCCCGAGGAUCGGCAGCUCCCCUUCCUCAACUGGCUCUCAAGUCAAGAGGCAUACAAAACUUUUGACGACAUGAUGGGACCAUGUGCGCUGUACCUCGAAGGUAUUGCUGGAGAUCCCAAACGAACCGCCAUGCUCACCCAGCAUAUAUACGCCAAGUACGAGUACGAAUACCUAGAAUACUGGGGAAAGAAUUACGGAGGCUCUGCCUUUUACUUCGAGUUCAACAAGCAUGACAACCGCUACAACAACAUUAGGUCCAUGCUCGUCUCUCUCAUCAACGACAUGGCAUGGCACAACUGGCGGAAGAAUCCCGACGGCCCAGUCAUCCGCGCCUUGCUUGAGAAUCUGGGAUACCACCACCGCUGGUCACUACCAGAACUUUUUCAGCUGUUCACUUUGAUCAGGCAGUGUCCAAGCGUGAGCACGUGGGCGAUCUUCUUGAGCUGUUUCGACGAAUGUUUGGAAGAGGAGCGGACGUGGUUCCUAACCAGAGUCAUGGAACAUUCGAUCAAGAAGUUCAUUCCCGAGUCUCAAGUCUUGUCCAUGCAAGGCUGUCCCACGGGGCCAAAGGGAUACGCAGCCGACGAGAGGGGCUUCGAGCAGCCCGAGCUUGAGCUCGCUCUUGAACAUUUGCUAAAGAAACGUCCCGUUCUAAAGCAACUUGAAACACAGCUCAAAACUAUUAUGGAUGAGUGUUCUAAUAUGUCUCAUCUUGGCCACAGAAUCGUCGACUGGCUCAGUCACCACAAGCGAGGAGCAGCAAUCGAAUCCAUCAGCGCAGAUAUCAGUAGGCUGCGCCCAGUGACACCAGAGAAUGUCGUGCGCGUGUUCAUCGAAAGCCACCCUCUGGAAAAGCAAGCACUGGCAAACGAGACCUGUCUAUGGGUCAAAUAUGCCAUGCAACCAUUGACAAUUGAGGCUCUGGGUCACGCAAUCGCUGGGACGACACUAUUACCCGGUGAUAUACUCCGAGAUUUGGAUCACGAGCAGCUUGCCCAAGAUCUUUCAAGAAUUCUCUGUGGAGUCAUCGUCAUAGAGAACCGAGAAGUCAAGUUCUCGCACCCCUCGUUUUACUCUGCACCACCCCUGCCACUGGGGGAUGAAUCCGAGGAUGAGGAACCAAAAGCCAGCCACUGCCAUCUCGCACAUGCGUGCUUGAAAUACCUCUCGACCUACGAAGUGCAAGAGAGUUAUUCCAGAUUUCGAGUUGAAAAUCAUGACGCAAGCUUUCUCAGUUGUCCCCUCAUUGUCCCUCGAGACGAUCUUCUCUACUAUGCUGUUCAAUUCUGGCCUGAGCACUAUCGACUCGGCAACAAUCCUCAACGCAGUGAGAGCUCAUCACUUACCGAACUGGCAUACAGCUACUUCGACAACAUAAGAACUCGUCGAGAUUGGUGUGAGGCCUAUUACCUACUUUCAAACACUUUCACGCGCAAUCAGCGAAACUACCUCACUCCAUUGCCCGUCGCCGCCGCGCUUGGAUGGAAAGAUCUUCUUAGUAUACUAAUCCCCCAAAUCAAGGGCUCGAAGUGGUUUCAGCAAGACUUUUGCCUGGCAAUCACGGAAGCAGCGCGGAACGGCCAUGCAGAUGUCGUUGGCAGACUCUUGAACGAGGUUCAAGAGGUUGAAGAGUCGGCGCUGAGAGACGCCAUCUUUUGGGCUGCAUCCCCUGGGAACGAACAGACCAUGAUUCAACUUCUCCACAUGGUUAAAUCGCCCCAAAGCUUUCACUGGCCUGAGAAUAUCCUUUUCCGCGGUGCAUCUGCUGGACUUGAACCCCUAGUAUCGAUUUUGUGCGGGUCUGGUUACGACCUGAACGAAUGGAACGACCAAUCUCGCUACACAGCUCUUCAGGCAGCCAUUUUCUGGGGUCAUUACGAUGUGGCCAAGAUCUUGGUAACCUCUGGAGCCGAUCUGACUGUCCGGGACACCGAGGGCAGGACCCCCUUGCUCAUGGCUACUAGGUUAGGCCAGCCAGAGAUGGUGCAGUUGCUCCUCGAUCACGGCGCCGACAUCAACGACAAAGACAAUGACAGCUACUCAGUUGUACACACGGCUGUUAAUGCAGGCGAUUAUCAAGUGCUCGAUUUGCUCCUCAAAGCUGGGGCCGACGUCCACUCUAGUGACCCCGCGGUCGACCUACCUCCCCCCAUCACUCUUGCAGCGAGCUCCAACGGUAAUUAUUGCAUUCGUGUCCUUUUGGAACAUGGCGCAGAUGCACGUACUCCCUCAAGCAAUGGAUCCCCUCUCUACACUUGCUGCGACACAGUUCAGAUGAUUGAGGCCUGUCGUUUGCUUCUCGAGCACGGAGCGGAUCCAAACGAGUCUUCCGAGGAAAGGGUAAUGCUUCUUGUUCGCGCCUUGGGUUCCCAGAGCAAGGAGAUGAUCAGUCUCCUAAUUGAACACGGCGCCAAACUCGACUCUUUCGAUCCGUGCGAGAGCCUGGAGCUCAGGACACCCUUGUCAAACGCCGUUGGGGAGUGCUCUGUCGACAUGAUAGAGUUCCUCAUCAACAAAGGAGCCUCGGUCAACUACGCCCCUGAGGGGACUCAAUCUCCUCUGUUUGCCGCAGCCUAUCAGGGGUCAGACAUUGAAAAGGUGAAGUUUCUCCUCAGCAAGGGCGCGGAUAUCAACCGGACAUGGACUAAUGACUGGACUGUGAUUCACGCUUCCUACGACGCCCCCGAGUUUGUGUCACUCAUCCUUGAGCACGGCGCAGAUAUCAACGCAGUGAGUGAUGACUAUGGCACUGCCUUGAUGAAGGCCGCUCGAUGGGGAGACAUCAACACUAUCAGGGCAAUAAUAGCACAUGAGAGUCCGAAAGCAGACCUCAACUUGGAAGUCAACCCAGGUGGUGUGGACCGUUCAUUUUCGGCUCUCUUUUAUGCCGUUGAGAACCACAACUUUGACUGCGCGAGGCUCCUCCUCGAAGCUGGAGACGAACUGGCCGAGUGUAGAGACCCAAAACAAGUUCUAUGGGGGUUUCCAAACCCCCUGUCUGAAGAAAAGAUCCCAGAACUGCUCAGUUUCAUGAAGCUCUGCCUCCAGAAAGGGACAGAUGCCAAUUACGCCGAUGAAAACAAAAACACAGCACUACACUGGCUGAAGCAAUAUACGCCAGUGCAAGUCGUCAAGCUACUAAUCGACUCGGGGGCCCCAGUCAAUUCUCUGAAUGGCCAAGGUCUGACGCCGCUGGCCGUUGCCACCCAGGAGGGCAACGUCGCCGUGAUGAAAUACCUCAUCACCAGAGGAGCCCGGGCAGAUAUCUACAUCCCGCACCUCGGAAGCCUUUUGCACAUAGCCUGCCAUCAAGAAGAGAACGUUGAUGACAAAGUCUAUCUCGAAAUGGUGCAAAUUCUUGCCGACGCCGGAGCCGAUCCCAAUGCUCCUGGUCCUUUACCCGCUGGCGAGCCUCUCUUAUACUCGACCAUUUCCGAAAAGUCCUACUUGACCCACCAUCGCUCUGUUUUCAGAUAUCUUGUGAGCGACCUUCGUGUGGACGUCAACAAGGCCACCAACUCUGGAGAAACCCCCAUCAUCGCUGUAGCCAGACACGGCAACCUGAAGAAACUGCGGUAUCUCAUUCGCCAUGGGGGCAACAUCAACGCCGCCGAUAAUGAGGGUCGACGCGUCAUCCACUAUGUUGCUGCUAGUGCGGAGCCCUACAUUGGAUACAAGAAGAUUCGCUACUUUGCCAAAGCCGGCGCUGAUCUAUAUACCCCGGACAACUACGGGCGGACCCCUUUACACAUUGCAGUAGGCGGGAGAGACCCUGUACAGUGUGCCAUGAUAAUCCUCAAAGCAUCUACCCAGAGCUUGGAUGUCAACGUCAAGGAUAUGGAUGGAUGGACACCUCUCAUGUAUGCAUGCAGGUCCGAAAUGGCCGACACCAAUAUGCUCAACAUGCUCGUGAAAGAAUACGGAGCUGAUGUCUGGCCCGUGAGCUACGACGGCCAGUGGUCAGCCCGGAAACUCGUCAAUUUGGUCGAUCUUUCGGACUAUGAUUGUCCACUCGAACUUUUGGAGCCUCCUGAGGACAAGAGGGAGCGCAUCGGCCCAGGCGGAGUCAAGCAAAUCUGGGACCCUGCAUUCCACACGACAACGCCAGAGAAUUUUAUCAACGCAAGGUGUGAAAGCUGUCUCCUGCCGAGUUCUGGCCAGUGGGAUAGGUGUCGAGACUGUACUGAACCUAUCUGGUUCUGCUUCAAGUGCUUCCCGCAUAGAAACGAGGUGCACGAAACAGGUCACACCUUCAAACUAUGCACCUUUUUUAUCGAUUCAGAGGACGAGCGGAGCGAGCACAGCGGCCAGGAUGGCGAGGCGUCGGAUGGUGAAGAAUCCGAAGCGUUUAGGGCGGGCUCCGGAUCUUCUGGGACCGAGGAGACUGACACUGUAACCGACGACGAUGACGAUGAUGAUGAUGAUGAUGAUGAUGAUUAG